AUGGCGCCACGCCGGAGGAAGAGCAUCGUAAACGCCGCGGAGCUUCUAAACCUGAGGAGCAGAGGAAUCGCAGAUGCUGGGAGUUUAUACCGACGCUGUUUGAAGCUCUUUAGAGACAUCCUCCUUGAGGACAGCAGGGCUUUCGUUAAAGUAUGGAGCAAGACCUCAAAGUCAUCAAUAAUGUAUGAGAAUGGGAACAUCUACUUUGACAAUUACCAGAACUGCUACAGCUGUGUCCAUGCUGAGCCUCAUUGUUUGUACAGAUUGUCUAAGAGGUCCAAACAGGAGAAAAUUAAAGAUGCCCUGCUUUGUCAGAGUCCACUUGAAAAAACAUUACCCUCCACCUCAGAUCAUUUCCCCAGCCUCUUGACGCUCACAUCCAAUAACUGGCUCCGUCGUUUUUCAGCCGAAACGGGGAAAGAGCUGCAAAGUGUUUACCUCUCUGCACACUACAAUUUCAAAUAUCUCGGGUGGAAUGCUUCUCAAGAAACAUUUUAUAUUAAAACAUUGCAAAACAAAGAAACGCCUUUAGGAAGACAGGCAGGCAUCGCUUACAAUACAUUUGUGUAUCUGGCUGUUUUUAAUGUUUUCCCCUUACAACUUGUGGGUGUUUUCGAAAUCAACACAAAGGGGUUUGGAAGUGGCAUUACUGAUGUCGUAAUGUCUCAGGGGGUCCUCGCAGUGUCGUACAGCAACAAAAAAGUGCGACUGUACAGCUUUGAACACAUUGUCCAAAGGUACCUAAUUGAAACAUUAACUCUGGGAAAGCCAUGUUCACUUCUUGGAGGCAAAAAAGUCGGAGAUUUUCCAUUUGGCAUCCCACUUAAUAUUCACAUCACCGAUUCUCUCCCGGUACUUUUUGAGGCAAGCUCUAAUAACGGUGUCCAGAUUGGCGGCUACCCGUGGCACUUCAUUUACACUCCACCACAACGAAAUCAGAGGGGGACUCACCACAUCUGUUCACUCAAGGAUGGCACUCUGGCAACAAAUGGAAUACAGAACAUGAGCUGCUCCUGUCUUGAGAGUGACGCAAUCUUCUUCCACCCGGCCGACUCGAGGAGAAUCAUCCACAUCGGACCUACCAAAAUGAAUGUCCUAAAAAUCAUGGGUGAGGUAAACAGCCCUCUGCCAUCGAAGAUCCUACAGGAUUUCUCUCUGAUGAUCGAUCGAAACAAGACAAAUCCUUCCUCCGAAGUCACCGUCACGUCAUCGGGACGUACAGUGAAGAAGAGAUUUCAAAAGCUGGAUGAUGACCCAGGUCAAGAGACUUUCCGAUUGGUGGAGUGUGAGGACGAGCUUGACCUUCUGGCUGCAGUGGUCACUAACGGGGAGGAAGAAGAAGCAUGUGGUUACAUCCAACUGCAUGACAACCAGACAGGGACGUUGCAAAGAAAGAUUGAUCUGGCUGAAAUUUGGGAUGAGACUUUUCCGCACGUGUUGUGCUUUGACAAAGAUACAAUUGUUCACAUUGAACAAAAAAAGACCAGCUUCAGCUGCCAUGUUUACAAGCUCAGGACAGUCAGACAAUAACUGGUUCUGCAGUGGCUGAAAAGUGCUUGAACACUUUUUUUUUUCUUUCGGCUGCUCCCUUCUUCAGAGGUCACCACAGCGAACUAAGUCGUUCGAAGACAUGGCCAUUUAUUUU